GCAAUUCUCAUAUGCUAUCAUUAUGUAGCCUACAGAGUAACAAUGGUUAAAGACUAGAAACGAAAGUACAUUGCGUGCAGGCCCCUACAAAACUCCCGAAGCGCAAAACUCCGAAAAAACUUUAAAAAAAUGUUUUUAUAAAUUAGACUAUAUUUUAAACCUGUGCAAUGUAUGUUUUACAUUAUUUAUCAGUGCACGAAUAAAAAAGGGUGGGGAUGGCACACUGUGGGCCGAGACGUCAUUAAUUCAAUCUUGAAAAGUUCUUCCUCACGUCAGUCAUUUCUAAACGGUGAGAUGUCUGCGACUAGGAAAAGAAAAAUGCCUCUCGGGUGUUUGAAGAUUCGUGAAUCAAAAAAGGACAACUUUAAAUCCUGUGGGCUCCGGUUAAUUACUCACGUAAUGAAAGAAUAUAAAAGAGAGCAAAACAGACUUAAAGCCCUUGUUAAUGAGAUUCUCCACAGCAUCUUUUUUUUAGGGUUCAUUCAUGAGGAUCACAAUAUUCCUGAAGACGUUUUGCCGAAGACCACUGAGAAUGUGAAACAAGAAUUUCCAGAACCAUUUGAGAAAUACUCUAGUCACCUGCCCAAGCGCACACCUUUCUCAAUACUAUUAGACAUAAUGGAUCUUAAAAACGACACCACAGAAAAAAUCCUGAAGAAACUUUGCAGUCUAAUGGAAGACCUGAAAUUUCCUUAUCCGCUGAACAAGCCAGGAAACAAAACACAACACUUCUACACACUGGAAUCCACUGUCAUUUGUGUGUGCUUUAAUAACCAUAGCCCAUCAAACAUACAUGUUGGUGCUUCUCUGGGUUGCAGGAAGAAAGCCAAAAGUAUCAUGAUAUAUUCCUCAUGUAUUAAUAAUACAUGGCAUCCAUAUGUGUCACAAGCUGUAAUGUCUUUCUCCCAUCAGACAUUGGAGAGUGAUGGUUUAAAAUUUCCUGGGUCAAUGCAUUGCCAGGCAUACCUCAGGGAUUGGGAAGCCAACAAAUAUGAGCCAAUACAGCCAUGCAAGAACUGUCAAUGCCUUUUCAAUCUACCAGGGAAAGGGACAGAACAAAAACAUUAUCCUUAUGGCAAUUGUGCAGAGACAGAGUGCUUGAGCAAACUCCUGAUUAAUGACAAGCGCAUGGAAGUGAAUACAGUGUUUAAUUAUACACCCGACAAUAUGAAGAUGUUACAAAAGCUCACCAAGAAAAAAUUGAGAGAGGAGCUGGAUUCGAUAACUCAUCUUCAAGGCAAUGAGGAUUUACAUCGUCUUCUCGUUUUUAACCCAAACUCAUGAACAUAAAGGUUACAUUUAGAACCAAAAGUGUUUUUACCACCUGAUGCCUUUGCAAAAUCUUAUAAAGUUUCACAAAGAACAUUUUAUAACCUAGCACUUUUGAAAACAAUCUAUAUACUGAUGCUUUCAAUGUCAAAGAAACCAAUGCACUGAUCGGAACCCUUCACAGUGAAAAAGGUUUCGAUAUUUAAGAGUGUAAAACCUGAGGGGCUACCAAAAACAUUAUAGAGUGCAUUAAUCGAUGUGGGCCUAUAAGAUUUCAGCAUUUGAGAAUGUCAUAAGGAUGUAAAUGUUCCUAUUGAAAAUCACAGAAACAUUAUUAUAUACAUAUAUAACAUUUAUAUAACAUAUUAUUGGAUGUCAUCUUUUUAUCACUCUGUGUUUCAUUCUUGUAAAAGCGUAUUAAUAAUUUCCUCCUUUAUGACAUGCAUUGCAAUCUUGACAACAGGGCUGGUUACCAUGACUGAUCCUUUUUUGUUCUAGUUUGCCUUGCAAAUACAUGUUUACACGAGCCACACCUAUGAUUUCCUGGUUAAGCCUGAAAGUCUUCCUUUUCAGUUUGGGUCUAAUACAUGGCUGAAUAAAUACAUUGUCUUUUCACUCACGCAAUGAUAAUUCAACAUGAUCAUUAUGUUUUAAGGGGUUCUGUAAUUGUUGAAAUGAAAAACAUAUACAAUUAAUAAACUAUGAUAAAAU